CGGAUCUGGUGUUUAAAUUUCGGCCAUCGGAUAUCUUGCUUCUGUGCUUCUUCUGCUUCUGUGGAGCCUGCAUGCUCAUCAUUUCCCAUUUCCGGUACCGGUGCUUGUACUCACCAGGCAAUCGACAACCUCCCAAUCCAUCACGGACAACACAGCUUGGAUGAGAGCUCACAAUUCUGAGCUCUCAACAACUCGAAAGCAACUUCCUCACAAAAGCCCAAAGUUCCUUUCUUCAAUUGUUCUCUUGCAGCCUGCCGUUUGUGUAUACCUCCACAACUUUGUCCAUCAAACCAACCCCAUCCCAACUUACUUAUUAACUAAGCUCAUCAGUAAUCCAACACACAGUCACCAUGGCCCCCACACAAACUGAUUUCGAAGGAUCUCCCUUGGUUGCCCACAUCCAUGAUCCCGAUGAGGAGAAUCUGCCAUCCAUCAAGUUCGGACUGGAGUUUUUCGCCGCAGUCUUUGCUCUCGUCGUCUUCGUCGCUGCAUUGGUUGUGAUGGCUAGCUUCUAUUGCGUCCACCGAGCAGAUAAGCGAAAGGAGAGCCGAGCUGAAGCCACCAAAGAAGCUCAAGACGAAGACUUCAAGUCCAAGUUGGACUGCAAGCCCUGGUGCGAGGAAGACGCUACCGAAGAGAUGUCCAUGUCCGAUGACUCGUUCCGUGACUUUGCCUGCCGAACAUCCUCUGCCGUUUCGGAUGUUAGUACCAUGGAGGCUGUCAGCGAAGGAGAAGAAGAAGAUGACUUGGAAAUGGGCGGUGUCGUCAUGAACGGAUGCCCCAUGGUGGACAAGGACGGCACUUGCUGCCCCAUCUGCAGCGAAGUCUUCGAGUACGGCCAGCCUGUUUACACUUCCAACAACUGCAGCCAUCAGUGCCACAAGGUCUGCAUGGACAAGUGGCUCAAGUUCCAAAAUACUUGUCCUAUUUGCAACAAACCCUUUGUCAAUCACACCCGCUAAAUCAUCCAGCGAAUGAAUGACAGUACACACACAAAAGAGAGAAAACCAUUCCUCCCUCCCUCCCCUCUGGCUUCUACUUCCGCCGUUAAAGAGGACGACCUGUACCACUAGCAGUUAUUCACUGUGGCGACAUGGACCUUCUUUCCUUUUCCCUUCCAAGCAAGGCGCCUUUAAGAUUGGGGCUUCAAUCGACAGAGCCUGGAAUCGAAUCACCUCACAUCUACGCUUCCACUGCAUCCAUACCACACAUGCCACCGCUUUAUAACACUUGUAGAAUCAAAUCUAAACUAGUAGUAGGUUUUUAACCUUC